UCCCUCGCUCCUCUAGCCGCGCUGGGUGGGCCAACACUGUUGCCGGCUGUGCUUGCGCCGGGCAAGCAAAGCCCCCUCUGGCCAGCUCUGCCAUGGACUACCAGAAGCCCUACUCGGUGCAGGCCACCGCGGCCAUCGCGGCGGUCAUCACCUUCCUCAUCCUCUUCACCAUCUUCGGCAACGCACUGGUCAUCCUGGCGGUGUUGACGAGCCGCUCGCUGCGCGCCCCGCAGAACCUGUUCCUGGUGUCCUUGGCCGCCGCGGACAUCCUGGUGGCCACGCUCAUCAUCCCUUUCUCGCUGGCCAACGAGCUGCUGGGCUACUGGUACUUCGGGCAAGCGUGGUGCGAGGUGUACCUGGCUCUCGACGUGCUCUUCUGUACUUCGUCCAUCGUGCACCUGUGUGCCAUCAGCCUGGACCGCUACUGGGCGGUGAGCCGCGCUCUGGAGUACAACACCAAGCGCACCCCGCGCCGCAUCAAGUGCAUCAUCCUCACCGUGUGGCUCAUUGCAGCUGUCAUCUCGCUGCCGCCCCUACUCUACAAGGGCGACCGGGGCCCUCAGCCCCGCGGGCGCCCACAAUGCCAGCUCAACCAAGAGACCUGGUACAUCCUGGCCUCCAGCUUUGCGUCCUUCUUUGCCCCCUGCCUCAUCAUGAUCCUCGUCUACCUGCGUAUCUACCUGAUUGCUAGACGUAGCCACCACAGAGGUCCCAGGGCCAAGAGGGGUCCUGGGGAGGGUGAAUCUAAGCAGCCCUGCCGGGUCCCUGGGGGGACAUCGGCCAAACUGCCGACCCUGGCCUCCCACUUGGUUGCUUCUGAAGAAGCCAAUGGACUCUCUAAGCCCACUGGGAAGAAGGAGCAGGUAGGGACCCCUGAAGAUCCUGGGAACCCAGCCUUGCCACCCAGCUGGCCUGCCCUUCCCCAUGCAAACCAGGGUCCAAAGGAAGGUGUUUGUGGGGCAUCUCCGGAGGAGGAGGUUGAAGAGGAGGAGGAGGAGGAAGAGGAGGAGUGUGGACCUCAAGCCUUGCCAGUCUCCCCUGCCUCAGCUUGCAGCCCGCCCCUGCACCAGCCACAGGGCUCCCGGGUGUUGGCCACCCUGCGUGGCCAGGUGCUCCUGGGCAGGGGUAUGGACGCUGCAGGUGAGAAGUGGUGGCGUCGGCGUCGGCGGGCUCAGCUGACCCGGGAGAAGCGGUUCACCUUUGUGCUGUCUGUGGUCAUAGGCGCCUUCAUGCUCUGCUGGUUCCCCUUCUUCUUCAGCUACAGUCUGGGUGCCAUCUGCCCGAAGCACUGCAAGGUGCCACAAGGCCUUUUCCAUUUCUUCUUCUGGAUUGGCUACUGCAACAGCUUGCUAAACCCUGUCAUCUACACCAUCUUCAACCAGGACUUCCGCCGUGCCUUCCGAAGGAUCCUUUGCCGCCAGUGGACCCAGACGGCCUGGUGAGCCGCCUGCCUGCUGCCCUCGUGGGGUUGGUGCCAGGUAGCGCCAGGGCCACACUGCCUCCUACCCUGUUAUAUGUGGUCACCUCCCUGGCGCUGUUUGGUUUCUGCUCAGGUAGUGCAGACCUCAUCUUGGGAGCACCCUGGGAGGAACAUGGGCAGGGGUGCUGGUCACGGGGUCUAUGCUAAGCCUUCCCUUGCUGGCUUGGCUGUGGGGGGACGUCUUCUCCAUGCCCUGCCUGAGUGCAGGCAGAUAGAGGAGGCCUGGGCCUUCCGGAGUGUGGCAGAGGCCUGGCUUGGACAGAGCCUGGCCUUCCGGAACCCCAGAACCCUGUACACUUCCUCGAGGACCUUGUGGUCCCUGGCAGGCCACUUGCUUGUGGUGUUUUGUUUCUUUUUCAUCUUCCUCAGUAAAGAGCAGGAAGCCAGCCUUCCAUUCUCCCCAGGAGGCUGAGGAGGAGGCAGAAACAAUGAUGGCCGUACAUUCACAUUGAGGACCCGUGGUUUCCAUUAGGUGAGGGUUUGUAGGCUGACUCUAUCCCUGGGCCCUUCUUCCCCUUCCCCCUGCUUUUGGAUGUGUAGCUCCUUUGAAGGCCAAAACUGUGAUCUGAGUCCCACCCGGCGCCCCUCUGGAGGCCUGGCCUCUGCCUCAACAGGACAUUCCCGAUCACUAGCAUUCACCCCCUGCAAAAUCCAGGGCAACAGUAGCUUGCUGCCUACUUGCUGCAGGGAGAUGAAAGGCAUUGCACAAAGCUUUGAGCUCCAUGGGGGAACCGAGAGACCCAGAAAAUGUGAUUAUUUGGUGAUAUGAAAAUUCCCUGUCUUUGUGUUUACCACCACCUGUCUUCCUAUAGAUUUUAGUUCUGUGCCGGGGGUGUGAAUUCCUACCCCAAACUGGAAGUGGGGAGUGGCAGACAGAACCUCUAUUUCAGUUAAAGGAUUUCUUUGAGAAUGUGUUCUUGUGCCUGCAAAGGUUUGAGUUAUUAUGCUGCAUGACAACCUGACAUUUCACCUGCAACACCAAGAGGGUUUUCUGUGGCUUGGGCACCCCUGGGAGGGUUAAGUCUUUUGUCAUCAAGAAGGCAAAUUGUUUCCUCAAGAUAGCUAAAAAUACCCACAUCCUGGGAAUGGGCUGACAUGAGAGCCUGUGCCAGGUGACAGAGCCCGCCCCCCGGCGGGAUUCUGGGCUGGAGCAGGUGAGCAAGGGCCCUCUGGACGCCUGGGGGAGCCUCAAAGCCAAGUGCCAGGCAGGGCUCUAAGGCCCAAAUGGGUCCCGAUGAUGCAUAGCUGAUCCCACCUCGGAUGGGUGCCAUGGGUGUUGGCUGGCCGCCUCCGCCCAGCCAUGUGGCUCUCCCCACUGAUGGAGCUCCAGGGGCCUCUUCCUCCUCGUUCUCAACCCCCACCCCAGACACUUGAACCCAGAACAGUUUGGAACAUGUUUCCCAGUGCUCCCCCGUAAGAGUGCCUGACUUCAAAAGUAAGCCGGUGGGAUCUUCACCGGGGGUGGGGUAAGCGGCAGGGACUGUUGGCACUCCGGGGGACCUGGCCAGAUGGCGAGGGGUGCUAAGGGUGUUUUCUGGGUUAGAGAGAAUGGAGGGGACCAAAAGGAGUCCCUCAGUUUGUUCCUCAGUUUCAGUGUGAGGCCAGGGCAUUGCCCUGGGUCAGGGCUGGGUAGGAAGGUGGCCCUGAGGGAGGGGCUGACUUGUGACAGCUACUGACUGGUCUCUGUGCCCCAGGGCACCCCUGAUAUUGUUGCCUGCUGCCUCCUUAUUGUGAUAUGUAGGUGUUUUUUAAAGG